AUGACUUCCAUUGGGAAAAAUACGAGGACACCAUACCUGACGACUGUAGACCUCACUGUUUACACGAACAAUCACAAUUCCCGGAGAACAAACAGUGCCCAGAGGUGCCCCAGAAGAACCGACAAAGACACAAAUAAACUCCCAGGAGAAUCCCCAAGAACCAAAUAUUCCGUAAGCUCUCGAUUCUUUUUACCAGCCGAAGAACCUGUUGAGGAGACUGAAAAAGACCGUGUCAAGUCAUGGCCCCAACGAUUAGAUGAUGCUGGUCAGAAAUUUCGUCUUCCCCGAAGUGUCCAAGCUUUAUACCUACGGCCGCUGAGAAGGAAGGCGCAAUACGGACUUCCUGUUUGCGAUCUACAGCUUCGAUCUUACAGUGUUCGUAAUGUGGAUUUCUUCGCCGAUUUCGCAAUCCGUUCCGCGUACUAUCUGAAACUCCCUGUGUCCGGGCCUGUUCCUCUCCCACGUAUCGUUGAACGGUGGACCGUCCCUCGAAGUAACUUUGUACACAAGAAAAGUCAAGAGAAUUUUGAAAGGAUUACACUGCGUCGUUUAAUACAGAUUAAGGACGGUAAUCCUGAAACUGUACAGCUAUGGCUGGCAUUUCUGAGGAAACAUGCGUUCUACGGUGUCGGCAUGAAAGCCAACGUUUGGGACUUUGACGAUCUCGAUGUUGCAGGGGGUCUAGACGCUGCAGCCGAGGAUGUGAACAAGACUCUCGAGCCAUAUUUCGCACAGUUUGGUCAACGCGAAAAUUCCAAAGAAAAUUUGCCGGUGGAAAGUCUUUUGAACAGUGAACGAUUUUUAAACCUUCGCAGCCCAUUGAAUGAAGUCCCUCCCUCACGAAAAGUCGUUUUUUCUGGAAUACAGCCUACAGGGAUUCCACAUUUAGGCAAUUAUCUAGGGGCUUUGCGAGAAUGGGUUCGGUUACAGAAUGAAAGCUCAGAAAAUAGCACAUUAUUAUUUUCGGUGGUUGAUUUACAUGCCCUGACAGUGCCUCAAGAAGCUUCUCAACUUCGUCAAUGGAGAAGGGAAAUAUUUGCGAUGCUUCUAGCCAUUGGGUUAGAUUACAAACGCUCCGCGAUAUUUUUCCAAUCUGCUGUUCCAGCACAUACUGAGCUGAUGUGGAUUUUGAGCACAGUAGCUUCUAUGGGAUAUCUCUCCCGCAUGACUCAAUGGAAAAGUAAACUACAGUUACCAGACGAUGUCAGCUUAGAUGACUCCGACGCGAAAUCCAAGCUGAGAUUAGGGCUUUUCUCCUACCCAGUCCUCCAGGCAGCAGAUAUUCUAGUUCACAGGGCCACCCAUGUUCCUGUUGGAGAAGACCAAAAACAACACAUCGAGUUCACACGACACACAGCAAACAGCUUCAAUCACCUAUUUGGCUCCAUCUUCCCGGCGCCGGAGAGUUUAAUCUCACCUGCGAGGCGCGUUAUGUCGCUGAAAAACCCGAGUCGCAAGAUGUCCAAAUCAGACGUUGAUGACAGAUCUCGAAUUCUCUUAACAGAUUCACGCGAACUGAUUGAGAAGAAGAUUAAAAUGGCGUUGACAGAUUCGGAACCUAGUAUUACAUACGAUCCGUCUGGUCGACCUGGCAUUUCCAAUUUAAUCGAGAUACUCAGCCAUUUUGAUUCAAAUGGGAAAACGUGUGAAGAGCUGGCUCUAGAGUUGAAAUCAACUCAUAUAAGCUCCUUGAAAUCGCUUGUCGUGUCAACAGUUGACACCCAUCUCCAAGAAAUUCGCGAUAGCUAUCGCGAAAUCAUUAACCAAAAAACCGCUUACCUCGACAGUGUUGCUGAAGAAGGAGCCCAACAAGCUCGCGCAAAUGCGAGCGUAACCAUGGAAGCAGUUCGGUCUGCUCUAGGUUUAUAG